CCAACAUGGCAGAGGCAGUGGUCAGUCUUCCCCACACUAACUUGGAAUGGUUUCAAGUCGCUUAACCCGCACAAGCAUUCAUCAGCGAGCCCGUCGGAUCGAUGCCGCUCUAACCCGAGAGGUUAUCCUGUCAUACUAACAGGCUUAAAGAUGCAGUGGACCCCAGAGCAUGCGCAGUGGGCUGAGCAACAUUUUGACAUUUCAUCCACCACACGUUCCCCCGCACAUAAAGCAGAGGCAUACCGCGGACACCUGCAGAGGACCUACCAGUAUGCCUGGGCCAAUGACGAUAUAUCAGCACUGACAGCCUCCAACCUUCUGAAGAAGUAUGCAGAGAAGUAUUCCGGUAUCCUGGAGGGUCCCAGUGAGCGGGCGCUCCUGUGCUCGUACUCCGAGAGCGCCCCAGGACUCUUGAACGGACGCAAGUCGGAGAGUGAAGUAUGGCAGGAGGGGAUCUACCCAAUGAGCUGUGCUGCAGAUGUGGUUUCUGCAAGUAAGACUGGCAUGACGGCCGCGCUUCCUCCUCCAGAUGUGACGGCAAGUGUCGGCAGCUCCACAGGGGUGGCAGGUAGCUUGAGCGAGCCCAGCUACUCCAGCAGUAACUGCGGGAAUCAUGCGUCUACUGCUCUGCACUCGGGGAUCCCCUCUCAGGAAUUUGCUAGCAGUUAUAAUGGCUCGUACUUGCAUUGCACUUACAGUGGCGGCCAAAGCACACCAGCUCUCCCGUCCCCACAUCCCUCACCUUUGCACAGCGCUGGGCUCCUUCAGCCUCCACCUCCAACCCUAGUGCCCAGCUACAAUGCAAGUUCCCCCAAUCUCUCCAGUUACAAUUACCCUCCAGCAGGUUAUCCCCCACAGACUGCUGUUGCCCCAGGCUACAGCCCAGGUGGAGCACCCCCUCCCUCAGCUUACUUGCCCUCAGGCAUUGCUGCCCCCACUCCCUUACCCCCUUCCACCCUUCCCGGUUACUCCUACCAGUCCCACAGCCAUGCGCCAAUUGCACCAACACCUUUGAACGGCAGCUCGGCCAACACACUGAAAAGAAAAGCGUUUUACAUGACAGGCCAGGGAGAUAUGGACUCCAGUUAUGGAAAUUUUAACUACAGCCAGCAGCGUUCUGCUCAAAGCCCCAUGUACAGAAUGCCAGACAACAGUCUUGUUGACUCAACCAGAGGGAAUGGAUUUGACAGGAAUGCUGACACUUCAUCUUUGGCAUUUAAGCCCACAAAGCAGUCAAUGCCACCAGAUCAGCAGCGGAAAUUUGGCAGCCAGUCUGGCAGGGCAUUAACCCCUCCUUCUUACGGAUCCUCCAAAGGUUCCUUGGGAUCCCUGCGGCCAGGCGAGUCAUUUGGAAAGUUUGGUUCCCCUGUUUUGAGUGACCAUGGUGAUGACAACAGACAGCAUCACCCCCAUUCCAUUGGCACGGCCACUUCAUCCAGCCAUCCUGCUGAGGAGCAAUUAAAAAACAGUGAUGCUAAUUUGGUAGAGAUGGUCACCACUGAGAUUCUGCAGCAGACACCCCCUGUGGACUGGAGUGACAUUGCUGGUCUGGAGAUGGCAAAAGCCACAAUUAAAGAUGAGGUCCUGUGGCCUAUUCUAAGGCCAGACAUGUACAGCGGUAUGGCCACAUUACCUCGCAGCAUCCUUCUCUUUGGACCUCAGGGCACGGGCCGGACUCUGCUUGGCCGGUGUAUGGCCAGUCAGCUUGGCGCAGCUUUCCUCCUCCUUAGUGGCUCAGCACUGGUCACAAAAUGGCUUGGAGAGGGUGAGAAAAUCAUCCAGGCCUCGUUCCUUGUUGCUCGCUGCCGGCAGCCUUCAGUGGUUUUCAUCAGCGAUGUAGAUCUGCUUUUGUCUGCCCAGUUGAGCGAAGAAAGUCCUGUGAACCGAAUCAAGAGUGAACUCCUCCUCCAGCUUGAUGGAGUUCUGAGUUCUCCAGAGGAACAUGUUCUAGUAGUAUGUUCCACCAGCAAACCUGAAGAGAUUGAUGAGUCUCUACGAAGGUACUUUGUUAAGCGGUUGCUCGUCCCCUUACCGGAUGCCACCGCACGACACCAGAUAAUCAGCCAGCUGCUCUCACAGCACAACUACUGCCUCAGCGACAAAGAGGUUGCACUGCUUGUUCAGCGGACAGACGGCUUCUCUGGGUUGGAUGUGGUCCGACUUUGCCAGGAGGCCAUGGUUGGUCCUCUCCAUGGCAUGUCUGGUGCAGACCUUUCUGGAAUGAUCCCAGGUCAGAUGAGACCGGUGUCAUACCAAGACUUUGAGAAUGUGUUUUGCAAAAUCCAACCCAGCAUAUCACAGAAAGAACUCGAUACAUACACUGAAUGGAAUAAGAUGUUUGGUUGUAGUCAGUAAAGAGCGAAGGCGUAAUGAAAUCUGAGGGGUGACCUCCUGUACUCUAAGAGGGUAUACAAUUCAGAAUUCUUUGGGUGACACAUGCAGUUAAACAGUGUGGUUAUUACAAAUGUAGAUGACCCCUAAAGAAGAACCUGAAGGACGGUCAGAUACAGUUGAAUGAUGCAUGGCUGUACUCAAGUCAAGGCCUGGCCCUUUGCACAUAAUCCAGACAGAGAAAUACUGUUUUCUGGGCUCAGUACUGCAGAUGCAGAGCUCCGCUUACAGAGGAACUCUGUAAGUGAGGACAAACUUCUUUGUGUAUAAAUAUCAUUCUGCUGUUUUUGACAUUUUGUUGCUAUGAAGUGCCUGAAGUGGUGCUUCAUUGAUUUGGAUUUGGAUUUGUUUGCCUCACCAUCUACAUUGGUGGCAUGUGCUAAUAUAGAAAGCUUUAACAUGAAACUAAAUCAGACAUGUUCUGCUUUUCGUUCCUUUCUUUGUUUUUGACAUUUCUCUCAAAAGAACAACAGUAUUCCUCAAUCAAGUCUAACCUGUAGACCCCAGGAAUGGCAGGAGAAGGUCCAUGAUGUACUUUGAAUCUGGAUCCUAAGUUAUGAAAUUCGUUUGUGUUUGAUUUUCUCCAAAAACUCAGGAAAGUGAUUGUGAUUUGUACAGUACCUCAAAAAAAGUUAUGCGAUAGCACUACAUACUGCUGACUACAUUGGGUUUGGUUUCUAAUUUGCUUCUUCAAAAAUUCUAGGUUUACCUCAACCAAUUAAAAAAAAUUAGAAGGAUAUGACUAUGAAUGUAACGUAAUGUUUGGAAAAAAAUUUUUGGGAGUUUCUUUUUCUUCCAUUAUACACUUAUUGUUCUUUAUAAAUUGCAUUUGAAUUCCAUUGUGGACAUUGCUUUAAGUUUUGAAAGCAGAAUUGUGUGCCAGUAUUGACUACAGCACCGUUUCCUCCCUGCAUAGCAUAGUUCAGACACUACAACGAACGCUCAGAGAUGGGCACUAUCUGUUGUGUAGAUAAGGUUCGUCCAAAACCACAUCCAUUCAAGAGUAUGCAGUAGACGUCAACAUUUGCGUGUCCGUCUCCUUUGUUCAAAAUAGAGUUGGGGUCAACCAAAACUUUACAAAGAGGCUACCAGAUUCUUGAAGUGGAAAUAUUUUCACAUUCUUCAUAACGAUUACGUAUAUUUUGUUUUUGUUUCGGACUCUUUUCUGCUGCUGUGUGGUGAUUGGUGUAAAGAUAUCUGAAGGAUCAUGUGUACCCUGCGUUCUGUUCUACCUCAGUUUAGCACUAUUUUCUCUGCAACUAGAACAGAAAGAUGAGAGCUUGGUGUCUUUAACCUCUUUAGGUUUGCUCUGCUCCGAAGCCUCCAUAAAGAACAAGCUGCCUUUUUUCCAAAAAAAAAAAAGAAACAAAAGAAACAAACAUUUGUGUCUCACUGCCUGUGCAAUUCUUCUUCUUUGGAGUGCCCAGAUGACUCUAAACACCCCUUUGUGUAAACACACACAUAUUAUUGAUAGGGUCUCUGUGGUGCCACUUACUGGGGCCACGUUGCCUAAAGCCAGAAAUAUACUCUACGCAAGUAUGCAAGUGCUUAUAGCAAUGAAGUAUAAAAGAUUGAUAGCGUUGUUGCUUUCCAAAAUGCGUCAGACUGCAAUUCAUAAAGAAAUGCUAGUGACACUAAAGUAUCACUAUAAACUUUUUCUACAUUUAUGCUGCAUCCCAAUUUGCAUACUGUUUGUCCUAAAUAUUGUUCAAAAUUAUAAUUGCUGUAUCCCAAAUGGUUGUAGGCAUAUGUUGAAAUGAGUCUUCCUAAGGUACUGGUGUCGUUCCAUGGAGACUUUAACGGCUAAUAUUACCCCCAACCCAGCCCAUCAAUUAGAUUUACAAAACACAAAAAGUGUUUAAAAACGACAAACAUGGUGGACAUGUGAGACCGAUGAUUAAGUAGGGAAAGUUUGUGAUUAUUAAUCAGUAUCUAAUCUGAUAAUAUAUAUGGAAUAUUAUCCACAUUAUAAUAUAAGAUUGUAAGCUUUUGAAAAUAUGCAUUUGGUCAGUCACUUUUAAACCCUUCAUUAUGCAAACAGACUGGCAGAUCAAGAUCAAUCUACUUAAUUUCUAUACAUGCACAUUAAUGUACAUGCACUCACCCCACCUACAAUUCCUGCCGGCCCGAGACUCAAACUCACAAACAUUUGAUUGCGAGUUUGACUCUCUAACCAUUAGGCCACGACUUCCCCACUGAUGAGGUGUUAAUCCGAGGCCCUGACUCUCUGUGGUCAGUACAAAUUUCAGGAUGUCUUGUGAAAAGAGUUGAGGUGUGACCUCGGCAUCUUGGCUAAAUUCGCCCAUUGGCCUCUGACCACCAUGGCCUCCUAACAAUCCCCAUAUCUGCUGAUUGGCUUCAUCACUCUGUCUCCUCUCCACCGGUAAGCUGGUGUGUGGUGGGCAUUCUGGCGCAAUAUGGCUGCCGUCGCAUCAUCCAGGUGGAUGCUGCACACUGGUGGUGGAUGAGGAGAUAACCCCUGUCUAUGUAAAGCGCUUUGAGUGCCUAGAAAAGUGCUAUAUAAAUGUAAGGAAUUAUUAUUAUUAUUAUUAUACUUUUAGGGCUUAGUAUAAGGCGGGCGAAUUGGGAUGCAGCAUUAAUACAGCUACUGUAAUGGUGGAUCAACAGUUUAUUUAUAGAAUCUUGUUGAGCUAGUUAGUCAAACUCUUUAUAUUUUUAUGGUUGUACACCCAGUUUCCUGGUGCAGACAUUUGAAGGAAACUCUAUCGCACCUUGAGUAUGGCAACAGAAACAUAAUAUUGCGAGUUUGUGCAACAGGCCCCUGCAAUGCUUUAACUAAGCUUUGGCAUUUGUGUACUUGCAUACAGUAUGUUUCUAGCCCAAGGUAGCACAGGAUGUUGGUAACUGUAAGAGGAAACUUGUGUUUGAAUGUAUUUUAUUAUUUUUUUUCUCGAUAUGUUUACUUUCUCUGAUCGUUUGUGUCAGCUUUUUUUGUCUAGCACUAGAGAGUUGAAGCGAUGUGUUCCCUCAAUCAGUCUAUCUCUUUUCUUCUGCCUUUAUAUCAUGUUCAAAUGUUUUUUGUUUGGCUUUUUUUUGUCCACUGCAGUGUAAUUUGACACCAUUUGAAGGUGCUUAUUUAGCAGUUGGAGGCACUAGAACUCCAAUACAUGUGUGUGUAUAUAUAUGACAUAUCCUUGAAGAAAUAUCUGCUUUUUUGACAGACAUCCAGAUAGUCUUUUCAGUAGCUGUGAGACACCACUUUCUUCACAACGUUCGUAAAGUGAUAUGUACACCCAAAGGACUACGAUUUAUAGCCUUUUUUUUUUCGUCUAAAGUGGAAACCUUUUUUUUUUUAUCCUUAAGUGGAAUUUUCAUUCUGCUUUCUUGUUUUUGUUUUGUGUUGUUUUGAAGAAAAGUUAUUAUUGUGCAAUUUGUCAAAUGCACUUUUAAUGUUUUGUGUUAACGGGGUCAUAUGAUGUUGCUAAAAAAAACAACGUUAUUUUGUGUAUUUGAUGUAAUUAAAAGUGGUUAUGCAGGUUAAGGUAAAAAAAAAAAAAACCUUGUUUUCCAAAUACUGUUCAUUAUUGUUUCGCCUCUGAAACGCAUAGAUUUUUUACAAAGCUCAUCGCUCUGAAAAGUGAGGUGUGCUCUGAUUGGCCAGCUAUACAGUGCGUUGUGAUUGGCUGAAUGCCUCAAGUGUGUGGCGGAAAUGUUAUGUCCCUUACCAUACUGUGAUGCCUUUGACGAGACAAAACCAAUAAAACCCAUUAUAAACAAGGCACUUGUUAUAUCUAGUGGGGACAUUAUUACGGAUUAUAAUGACUUAUACUGUGUUUUUACGUGUUAAGUUGCAUUAUGCCACGUAAACAAAUCCAUGUCUGCAUUUGUGAUCCGAGAAACGACAAACAACAGUCGAUAUUGUAGUCUUUUCUCCCAGGAUCAGGAACAUUUGGGUGGCAUUAUGCAAAUAUUCCCACAUCAUGAUGUAAAGUGUUUAAAUGAUGUGAGUCUUAACUUUAAUGAAGAAUAUCUCUUUGGGUUUGAGACUUUAGUCUUUGCAACUUUAGAGAUCUUAUCUAUUCGCAAACAGCUUGUAACACUCCAAAGAGACAGGAAAACUUGAAAUCACAUCAUAUGACCCCUUUAAAGCCUAUCACACUUAAUUGUCCUCCUUCAAAACCAAAGCCAACAAAACUAUCACGAACGAUCACAAACUGAUCCAUAUCUCUGAAGAUUUGAAGCCUAAAUGCCCUUGAACGAAUAACUAAAAUUUUAUUCUUGAAAGAACUUUGUAAUUGGUUAAAUGAAUGUUCUUGACAGCAGUAGUAGCAUAAUAUCAAUUAGGACAGAAAAUAUUUUUGGACUCCGCACUCGUUUUAAUGCAAACCGAGGUCUUAUUUUUGUUAGCAAAUGAAAGCCAAUAUUAUAGACUAGUUUGAUUUAAUAUAAUUUGCUAUCUUUGUUAAAGCUGUAUCCAGGUUUUUAACUUUAGUGUCAUGACAGUGUACAGUAAAGCCAACAACUAACAAGAAUUAUCGUGAUAGUCAGGCGUUCAUCCACUAGAAAAGUAUUCCCACUUCAGAAAGGUCAAUUUAAACAAAUGUACAGCUUUGUGCUGCAUAAUUCAUGUAAGUGCUUUAACAAAAAUGCGUUUAAACCCUCCAGCAUUCUUGACCUGUUUACUUCCAUUGGAAGUGUUACUGUAACUAUGAAUUUUGAUUAGUUUGUUUUUUUUAAACUGAGGGAUUAGUCCAAAUUAUUUUCAGUGGUAAUCAAUAUUAUGCCGUCAAUAGAGCUUAGCUUGCAUUGAACCGGAACAUUCCUUUAAUUGAUUGCAAAGAAAAAGGAAAUGUGGGAACAUCCAAAAAGUACAAUGUUAUAAAGCACAUCUUCUGUGUAGCUAUACAUACACUUGAUUUCGUUCUGUUCUUUUCUGGUUUGUGUGUUAAUUUGCUUCAGCGCUGUUGUGGAUGGUUGUUUCUUUCAAGUGUCACCAGUGUUUGUUUUUCAACCAUUAUUCUUUAUGACCAUUUCUACCUCAUUGCUACAUAUUGACAUGUAGUACCUAUGUUCUGUUUUUUUGAAUGUCACACAUUUGUAUAAAAGAAAAUAAAAAUAAAAAAUAAGAAAAACGUAUAAAAAACAUUUUAUACGAACAAAAAAAAUGAAAAAGGCUUGUUGUUUAACUUGAGCAGUCUACCUCAGAAAGACUGUCUGUCUGUACACUGAGCAGUGGAGUAGACACACUGACCACACAAACUCGACGAUUCGUUAUGCCGCUGUGAUCUGGGAUAUUGUGGACUGUAUAGGUCUUCUCCGAGGUCUCUACAUGCAAAUUUUUCCUUUCAUUUUCCAAUUGAAGUAAAUCGCUUUCCCCGUUUGUGAACUGUAGUGUGCAUGUGGAUGUGUGUGAACUUAUUAUUAUGAAGUGUGUAAGUGUGCAUUUUUCUAUAUGAAAAUUCUAUAUGGAAUGUAGGUACAUUUCAUAUACCAUAUUUGUACAUUGGAUACACUUGCACAUUUGUGUACUUAAUGUACAUUUGUUAUUAGUGUAACAUUUUGAAACGCACCACAUACAUGUUAAUAUGUGUGUGUAUGUACAAUAUUGCCAUAAUUACAUUCAACGUAAAUGUAUUUUCAUGUGUGCAUAGGGACAAAGGACAAUAAAAGAUCAUUCAAA